GUGGAGGUGUGCCAACGUCCCGGGCGAGGCUGUGGCACCGCUCCUCCACCUCCCCACGCAGGCGCUGCCGGGUUUCAGUUAAGUAAUCCCCUUUUUCCUGCCCCACACGCACGUCACGCACCGAGGCAGCCGGGGGUGAGGGGACGGAGGGAAGCGUUACACACGGCCCGCCAGACACGCCCGGGAAACACACGAUACCUUGUCGAGAAAAGAAAAUCAUCGGCAAAACCCCGUGUGGCAGUCUCGCCCCCUCGCCUAACAAAACUGUGUGCGACCACUGCCACCAGCCAGUCAUCUGUGAGUACUGCAGCGGCGAGGACGUUGCCGCCACGCUCCCGACACACAGCAAGAUGCGACUCCUCUCCCGCAGCCUCGUGCACCUCGCCCGGAGCCACGCAGCCAGGGGCGCCGCCGUGACAGGCGGUGUGAGGGGCCAGCAGACAGCACCCCGUGAGUCCUCAGCGCCCCUGAUCCCCAACGAGCCCACCGCGCCCAAGGUCCUCACCUCCGACAUCCCGGGGCCCGCCUCUGCCCAACACCUGAAGGAGCUCACGGCGAUAUCGGAGACAGGCGCCGUCCAGCUCUUCGUCGACUAUGAGCGCUCGCUGGGCAACUACCUCGUAGACGCCGACGGCAACACCCUCCUCGAUGUGUUCACGCAGAUCUCCUCCCUCCCGCUAGGCUACAACCACCCCGACCUCAUCCGCUUACUCAACGAUCCGAGCAAUGUGAAAGUGUUUAUCAACCGUCCCGCCCUCGGCUCCUUCCCUUCCCCCGCCUGGCCUGAGCAGCUCCAAUCCUCCCUCAUGAAGAUCGCGCCGAAGGGACUGAGCCACCUGUGCACGAUGUCCUGCGGGUCCUGCAGCAACGAGAACGCCUUCAAGGCCCUCUACAUCCGGUACCGCACCAACCAGCGCGGCGGCUCGACAGACUUCACGCCGGAGGAGAUGGACUCGUGCAUGGUGAACCAGGACCCGGGCUGUCCCCCCCUCUCCCUGCUGUCCUUCAGAGGCGCCUUCCAUGGGCGGACGAUGGCGUGCCUGGCCACCACCCACUCCAAGCCUAUCCACAAGCUCGACAUCCCCUCACUGGAUUGGCCCAUCGCCCACUUCCCCAUUUACAAGUACCCGCUGGAGGAGCACGUAAGGGAGAACCAGGAGGAGGACCGCCGCUGCCUGGAGGAGGUGGAGGAUCUGAUCCACAAGUUCAACAAGAGCGGCAAGCCAGUGGCGGGCAUCGUGGUGGAGCCCAUCCAGUCCGAGGGCGGCGACAACCACGCCUCCAACGAGUUCUUCCAAGAGCUGCAGCAGAUCGGCAAGAGGACGGGCGCGGGGCUGCUAAUUGACGAGGUCCAGACCGGCGGCGGCCCGACGGGGAAGAUGUGGUGCCACGAACACUUCGACCUGCCCGAGGCGCCGGACGUGGUCACCUUCAGCAAGAAGAUGCUCACCGGGGGCUACUACUUCAAGGAGGAGUUCAGGCCCAAGCAAGGUUACCGCAUCUACAACACGUGGAUGGGUGACCCGUCCAAGGUAGUCAUGCUGAGCGAGGUCAUCAAGGUCAUACAGCGGGAUCGCCUACUCGACAACGUGCGCGAGGUCGGCGGCGUGCUCUACAAGGGUAUCGAGACCUUGCAGCAGCAGUACCCUCAGCACAUCCACAGGCUCCGGGGACGCGACCGGGGCACCUUCAUCGCCUUCGACGGCCUCACCCCCGCCAAGAGGGACGCCAUCGUGGCCAGACUCAAGAUGCAGGGCGUGCAGGGCGGUGGGUGUGGUGAACAGACCGUACGCCUGCGACCCGCCCUCAUCUUCCAGCCUCUCCAUGCCCACAUCUUCCUCGACAAGCUGGAGACAGUGCUGGCGGGGCUGUAAAGAGGUGUUAAUUAUGCUGCCUGUGUGCCAUUGUGUGUUGUAACUGCUUCCCUCCUCCCCCACCCCCAACACACACACACACACUGAUACAUACAUUCUUAUCUACAUACUCACACAUACACGAGUCCAGCACGUAAUUAGGUCUUGGUGAAUUACACACACACACACACACACACACACGAGUACAGCAUGUGAUUAGGUUUUGGUGAAUUACACACCGACACAUACAUAUACAUACUCACAUAUACACAAGUCCAACACGUGAUUAGGCCGUGGCGAAUUACACACACUGACACAUUCAUACAUACAUAUACAUACAUACAUAAGAGCUCAGUGUCAUGUGUUAAGAUGAAAAUAUUUUGAUGAAGAGGGUAUACAAUAUUACUUUUUCAUGUAUCAAUCGAGUUGAAAAUAAUGUAAUGUAAGUAAUUAAAGGGGUAGAACUGAGAUAAUAUAAGAAAGAAUAAAAGAUGAAAAUGCUAAUGAAAAGGAUAUGCUAUUAUUUUUUUAUGGAUACUGAGGAAUCUGUGUGAAUAAUGUAACUUAGCAAAGAGGAAAAGUCAGAUAAUGUCGAGGUGUAAAUGAGUAACAAUUUAUAACAUCAUCGACUUGAAAGACUAAUGAUGACUUUGUUUCAGUAAUGUCAUCUACACAAAUACUAACUGGUAAUGACAAAGAAAUACCAAAUGAGAGAGAAUGAAGUUUGCUGUCGCGGUUUUUCAGUCGUAAAACAUUGUACACACAUACUUCGCUGUUUCAACUUGUUAAAUGAUACAGAAAAAAAAGAAAACAAUGUUAUUGUUACAUUAUGCCAUGCAUUUUCCAAGAGAACUUCAGCCUUUUUCUUUAUUAAGAUAAAUACAGUAAAGGUAAUCUUGUUUAUUUUGUUGUUAGUUUCUUCAAAGUAUUAUAAUAAUUAUACUUGGUGGCAGCAGUUCAAGGAUUCUGCCAUGAGUUAAUUAUAUAAUGGCAACAGUACUGUUGUAUUGUUAUUAUUGUUGUUUUUAUUAUCAGUGGUGGAUAUUCCUUUAGGCUGCUGCUGCGAUAUACAAAUAAUGGCAACACAGUUAUUACCAUCAUUAUUAUUAUUAGCUAUUGUUAUUAUUAUUAAUAUAAAUAUUACCCUAAGCUCAGCUCAUGUACACAAUAUUCAAAUUGCUAUUUUUAUGAUGAUAUACAAUAGAUAUAUAUCAAACUGAAUUUACUUUUCUUACAGUCUAGAAGCAGAGCUGCUGUGGGCUGCAGAGGCUGCACAGCGAUAUAUAUAUUCCCUUGAUCAUGUCACGUGUAUUUGGCCUGUGGUCAAACCCAACGUGCAGCCGCAGUUAUCAGCUUAGUAGUACAUUGAGGCUUGCCCGCCCAGACCAGUGAUCGCCUCAGGUAGACACUGCAACACGCCUAAGAGCAGUACAUAUUAACAAACAGUAAAAGUUCAUUAAUUCAUAUGUUUUCAUUUCCUGGGCCUGUGUUCAUGAAGGCUCUUUGCUGCUCUUAAUGACUCGUGGUGGCAUAGAAGGCUCUCUUUCUUAGUGACUUACAAGCCUUGCUAAAAGUGGAAAGAAGGCUUUGUGAUUACAGACCCAGUUUUUGUAAUUUUUUUUCCACCCCUGCCCUCAAGAAUGAAAGACUCUCCAAGAUGCUUCUUUGUAGAGGGAAAAACUGUAUUAAUCAGUCUGCCUGUCUGGAGUUUAGGUUCUUGCUCUAAAACAGAAAUACUGAAAAUGAGUUCUUUGCAUGGAAGGAGCAUCAGAAGGCACCCAUUUUGACUGUUACUUCUGGGAUGGCUUUUUAUAGAUUACCUACUCUCUUGCCUUCGGACACUUUUUCAUUUCUUUUAUUAGUAUUAUGUUAUCUUCUUACUUUUUUUUUUUUUCAUUAGCAUACUCUUUUGCCCUUUGCAUGGUGGGAAAGGCUAAACAAAUCCACACCUGCAUGAGUCACGAUUUUAGUCAAACCAUUUCGAAGAGUCCGCUGAGGUGUUGACUUCUGCGGGUCCUUUCCUCCCCUCUGCUCUGCCACAUAGUCCCAACACCUAUCUAUUCCUCUCAUAGGUUAGCUAUAGGUAACAUAUGAGAGGAAAAAAUAGAUACUGGGACUGUGGCAGAGCAGAGGGGAGGAAAGGGCUCGCAGAAUCCAACGCCUCAACGGACUCCUUGAAGUGACUAUAGUAUGUUUUCUGACUAUAUUUCGAUCCCAAUUAAUGAACUUUUACUGUGCCGAUAGCAGCUGAUAAGUGUGACACCUGCCGCCACGCCUAAUAUUGGUACACGACGCCUGUACCAAUGCCAACAUUCAAACACUCUAUUUUCUCUUGCACUCACGCUACCUAAGAUUAUAUUAAUCUGCCACGAAGAUGGAGCUAUAUACGCCAUACAGUUUCGGAGCCAGCAGUUUAUUCUUGCCAUGACCCCUUAUAACCUUGUAUACGCUAUUCAUACACUAAGAGAGGUAUGCAUGUUUGCUGUGUUUUAGGCUCCUUACUUCACUCUCUGGUCGGUAUUAUAAGACACUUUCGCUUCUCACAUCAACUAUUUCUAAAGGUCAAAGAGGGGGUCAGUCGGAUUCUAACGAGUGUUUCUUCAGGUUCAUGGUACAGAAGAAGGGUCAAACUACCACCAGGGUCAUAGAUGUACUCCUGGAAAUGCCCACAACUCUUACGAAAGUCUUGUCAAAUAUGUGUUCUUGGGCGACGGAAUGUCUUUUAAUACGACCCUCUUAGGCAGGCAAUGGUGGAUGAAAGAGAGAUAUACUAGUGAUACCUAAGUUUUAUUCAGCUGUAUAGAAGACUACUAUACAGUGUAUCAAAAUGAAUGAAUAAUUACUAGUAAAGCUCCCGAGUUCUGUUGUAAUUACCAUAGGAAAAAAACAAAAUAGGAAUAUCCAUGAAUAAUGAUACUGUAUAUGAUUAAUAGUGAUGUUUCAAGUUCUGUUUGAUUGUAUAGGAAAACCCACAAUAUCCAAGACAGUAGGUACUCUGUUGUUGUUUUCAGCAUACUGUAACAUGUAUAAUAUAGGGUGUCAUCGUUGCCAGUCUGCGCUCACCUCUCCAAUCACUACUCGGAUGAAUAUAAAAAGCUUACUCAGGAUAGCAUUAGUUAGAAUAAAGUUUGAUUGCUUAACUUUAUUAUGGCGAUCAUUUCUCAACUAAUAUUAAAGUCAGUUAACCUUCUAUUCAUUUUCUUCAUAUUUCUAUUUGAUAAUUUAGGUUUCUGACCCCAUUCAAUCUGUGCAGUGGCAUGUCAGGGGUCCUGGUUUAGGUAUCUUGCAUUUUCUUUUAUCUCAGAAUUUCAUGUACGUAGGGGAUGGGGCAAAUUUUUCUCGGGGGGGUCUGUGACUUUCUCCAAUACCUCCCAGUUCCCCAUAGCUCUUUUCAUACGUCAGCUCAGUUUUACAAUGUACACUUUUCUCCCCUGGUACUGAUCGGACUGGCUUGCACAGAUUGGAGACAGAACCCUACAUUGCCAAGUGAACAGACUUAGCUAGGGUGGUAUUAUGACACUUUCGCUUCUCACAACUAUUGCUAAAGGUCAAAGAGAGGAUCAAUCGGGUCCUAAUGAGUCUUUUUUUAAGGUUCACGGUACAGAGGAAGGGUCAUACUACUACUACUGGAAGUGCCCAAAACUCCUAAGAAUGCCUUGUCAAAUAUGUGUACUUGGGAGACGAAAUGUUUUAAAAUACGACCCUGUUAUUUUCAGCAUACUCUAACCUGUACAUUGCCUUGUCAACAGGGUAUGGCGCAUGCAGAAGCUUGAGGUAGUUUGAUAUACACUAUUAUUAUAUUUACACUGGCAUCAUCACAGCUACUGAUGCCAUGCACGCCCAUGAGACUAUCAGUGGAUGAGUGAGGGCCAAAGUCAUGUUUUAGACAAUCACCACUCAUGUUACAAUUACUACUUCAUUAUCAUAUUCUUUAGAGUUCGAGAGCAAUGUUAAAGUGUACCUAUCUGUGUUGUGGAGGAUGCAUUAGAUGAGGUACAGACACAGUAUAAUAAGAGAAGCAUUCAUAUACCUUUGCCAUGUUGGAUGUAUCAUAUGAAGACACUGUAAUGACUGAAGGGAAAUAUUUAUGUACCAGUCUAUGUUGCGUAGGUUGUCUUGAGUGAAGGUAUUGAGGCAGUAAAGGCAGGGAAACCAGUGUAUACCAAACCAUGUUGUAUAGGCUGCGUCAAAGUUGUAGACACCGUGUAUGUAAUGUUCGAAGAAUGCAUUUUUGUAACCUGUGUGUAAUGAUGGAUGUUUCAGUAUGUGCCAUGUCUAAAACGAAGGUAAACGGAAGGCAAUGACUGAGGGAGUGUUUAUGUACCUACCGUGUUGAAAAGAAUGAGGAGGAUGUAAGGAGAGAAUUAAAUGUUUGAUAUCAAAGGUGCAUAAAAGAAAUCAAUUAAGGUGUAAACAAUGCAUAGAUCAAAAUUUUCAUGGAGAUCUCAUGUCAUAUUCUCUACCUACAUCUAGUCAGAUUUUAAGAUGUGUCAAAGCUUCGUAUCCGACAAUGAAAUGUUCCUUGUAAAAAUUUACUUGCCCUAUACAUUCACUUAAUUGAUUUUAAAGAUGUAUCAAAUGUUGGUAAAGACAGAAUAUGGCGUUCUUAUAUAAAUUUGAUGCCUAACUUUUCCCCACAUACUCCUUGCAUUCAACCCCAAACUUAUUUCACACACUUAACACCAACCCAGCCAGAGUGGUGAUACCUGGGCUUCCAUUUGUGUUGCUUGUGUUGCAGUUCGUCGUGACUUCGUAUCCUCAGUCCUCACACUAAAUGCUUUCAGUGUUCGGGGUUUCUUUACUGGGUGGCCAAACUUCAUUCCAAGUCUGUUCAGGCAACGUUCGUCAACCAGGGUAACUCCUUGUCCUGAUUAUAAAUGCUCUGCUGCACCAAAUAUAUACUAUACAGCUUAAUGGAGAAUGUUUCACUAUCCUAGGGCUUGAUAUCCCUCCCAAGAAAACUAAAGUGUAUCCUGGUAUUGUCUUUACUUCCAGCAUUGAGCUUCUAUAACAAACUGUUGGAACAAUCCUCUAGGCUAUAUAAAAGUUUGUGUUCCAUGUGAAAAAAAAAGUAAAAAGUUAAUGGCAUUACGGGUUUGAUUGCGACAAAUUA